AUGUCCACCAGUGCCGCAGCAACCACUGCCGUCUAUCAUAUCGCUAUAUAUGAUACUAGCGAGAAGCCGGCCAAGAAGCUCAUCUCCGAAAGUAACCUUGAGAGUUUUGGUUAUUUCACCCGUAGCAACGUCGACCAAUUUAUGACCUUCACCGCUGGGACCAUAGCUGAACGAACAGCAAUUAAUGUCAGGCAAAGUGUUCAGGAGCAGUCAUAUAUGGUCCAUGCCUAUACCCGCCCUGAGAACUGCACGGGUAUAGUAAUCACCAAUGCCGAAUACCCCCGUCGAAUCCCCCACGAACUCCUGAACCGUCUUCUCGAUGAAUUCAUCACCAAACACCCCCGCACUACCUGGGCUCCCAAUAAAACCUACGAUCUUCCACAACUUAAAGAAUAUUUAGUAAAAUACCAAGAACCAUCUCAAGCCGAUAAUAUUUCAAAAAUUCAACGAGAGUUGGACGAGACUAAGAUUGUGCUGCAUAAGACUAUUGAGAGCGUUCUCGAUAGAGGGGAGAAAUUGGAUACCUUGGUUCAGAGAAGCGAUAACUUGAGUAAUGCUAGUAAGAUGUUUUAUACCAAUGCGAAGAAGCAGAACAGUUGCUGCGUGGUGAUGUGA